AUGGAGAACAGAAAUUGCUCUAUGCCUGCGCCCGCUUUUUACACAAGUAUGAUGCAUAAUUUUCACAUUAUCAGCUUUCCACUAUAUAUUGUGACACUAAACGCAUUGUUUCGAGAGUCAUCUCAAAUAUUUUCCACAUAUAAAUAUUUUAUCAUCGUUCAUAUAAUAAUAAACAUAAUAUCAGAAUGUUACGUUUCAUUCAUGAUGCUUCCAAUGACAUAUCUCCCUCAUCCAAUGUUCCGCAAUACUGGAUGGCUUGCUGAUUUAGGAUUCAGUGGAAUGUUUAUUUUCUAUGGAUUAGCUCAGUCUGUGAUGUUAACAGUUGGUUCAAUUUUGGAAAUGUUUUUCUUCCGUUACAACUUGAUUUCUGUAUACAAAAAUGACUUAUUCAAAAAACUACUGCGAUUCCAAGUUUUGCUGUAUCGUUUUUUGAUAAUAAUUCACCCAAUAGUUGCAAUAACAACAAUCAAUUACAGUAUUGGUGUUGAAGCUAAAGCAACAAUGGAACUAUGGCUGAGUAACCCUAAUCUGCCACCAGAAGUAACAUGUUAUUCCUGCAUUAUAGCAGUUUUAGAUGAUUAUGUUAUGUACAUAAUAACAGUUAUUUAUGGAAUCCAGGUUAUUCUACAACUAACUGUAUCAUCCUGUGUUUUGUUUUAUAUUUUGAAUUUUGUGAAAACCUGUCAGGGAAUGUCAACCGCGACCAUCAAGUUACAAAAAAUGAUGAUACUUAGUCUAUUCAUACAGGGAGGAAUUCAUGGUUUGCUCAUAAUGUUACCAACCAUAUUUCUUAUUUAUGCGUUGUUUUUCAAAUCAGAAAUGAAUGAUCUAGCUAUUUCGUUGCUUAUGUGUGUCGCAUAUCACGGAUUUGUUUCCACUUGUGCAAUGAUACUUUUCACAAAACCAUUGCGCGAGAAGAUUUUGCCGUUCAAAAUUAGAAUACAAACACAGCCGAGUAAUUUGAGAGGAGCAAGCCAGGACAGAUUUUCAACAAGUCGAUUAUCGAGCCAAAAUCGUUCAAACAAUUUAACUUAA